AUGCGCGAAGCUGUCAUUGUAUCUACGGCCCGUACCCCUAUUGGUAAAGCUUAUCGGGGUGCGUUUAAUGCAACCCCCAGCCAGGCGCUAGGCGCGCAUGCCAUUCGUCAUGCGGUACAACGGGCAAACAUUGACCCUGCAGAAGUAGAAGACGUGAUCAUGGGGGCGGCCAUCCAGAUGGGUUCUGCAUUUUCCAAUACUGCGCGUCAGUGUCUGCUUGAAGCCGGCUUGCCGGAUAGUGUUGCGGGUCAAACCAUCGAUCGGCAGUGUUCAUCCGGGAUGAUGGCAAUUGGUAUCGCUGCAAAACAGAUCAUCAGUGAUGGCAUGGACGUGGCCAUAGGGGGCGGUGUGGAAUCUAUUUCGAUGAACCAGACGGCAGACAUGUUUGCCAUUCCCAGCCCCUGGGCGUUAAAAAACAAGCCAGCGCUUUACAUGGCUAUGCUGGAAACUGCUGAAGUGGUCGGAGAACGAUACAAUGUGAGUCGUGAAGCCCAGGAUAUCCUUGCCGCCAAUUCCCAGGCGCGCACUGCAGAAGCUCAGGCAACAGGUAAGUUCGAUGAUGAAAUUGUGCCUAUGUCCACCAUCAUGAAAUUCCAGAAUAAAGAAACCGGCGAAGUCACCGACUCAGAAGUUACCCUGGACAAAGAUGAAGGCAACCGACCCGGUACAACCGCCGAAUCUCUGGCCGGGUUGAAGCCAGUGUUUUCCGGUGGUCAGGUGAUUGCCGAAGGCAAACAUGUGACCGCAGGUAAUGCCUCUCAGCUGUCGGAUGGUGCGUCAGCCUGUGUAUUAAUGGAAGCCGGUCUGGCUGAGAAACGUGGCUUGCAGCCAUUGGGUGCAUAUCGUGGCAUGGCCGUUGCUGGUACCAAUCCAGAUGAGAUGGGCAUUGGUCCGGUGUUUGCCGUACCCAAGCUGUUGGAAAAAAAUGGCCUGAAAAUGGAUGACAUCGGACUGUGGGAGCUCAACGAAGCGUUUGCUGUGCAGGUUGUCUACUGCCGUGACAAGCUGGGUAUUCCAGAUGAACUGCUGAAUGUGAAUGGCGGUGCCAUUUCAGUGGGCCAUCCCUAUGGGAUGUCGGGCUCGCGGAUGGUCGCGCAUGCCUUGAUCGAAGGCAAACGGCGCGGCGCCAAGUACGUUGUCUGCACCAUGUGUAUUGGUGGCGGCAUGGGUGCUGCUGGUUUGCCGGGAAUCAUGGCGCAUAAAAAUGACAUGUAUGGAGACAUCAACGCCCGAUCGGAAGACGACGAGGGCGUAGCACCUCCCAUUCUUGCCGCCACCGUGGUCCUGCUACGCGACGGCGAGGAGGGGGUUGAGGUGCUCAUGUUGCGGAAAAACUCGAAAAUCACCUUUGGUGGUAUGUGGGUUUUUCCCGGCGGCAAAAUUGACGCCGCCGAUCGCCAGCCCGGUGCUGACGAUACCCACGCUGCCCGAACCGCUGCAACCCGUGAAACCCUGGAAGAAACCGGGCUUGUUGUAACGCCUGACGAAUUCACCUGGUUUGCACACUGGACACCACCACCAGGUCCGCAGAAGCGUUUUGCGACCUGGUUUUUUGCAACGGUGCUGGACAGUGACGAUGAGGUGGUUAUUGAUGACGGCGAAAUCAAAGAGCAUGCCUGGGUCAGCCCGGUUAAAGCCCUGGAGCGGCAUGCUGCAGGUGAGAUCGAUCUGGUGCCUCCUACCUGGGUUACGCUUUAUCAUCUUUCGCGAUAUACACCCAGUGCUUCGCUGAUGUCGCGUCUUACGGAACAGGAACCCAGGUACUACGCCACACGCGUGGUGCAGAAUUCCGAAGGCACGCGCGUAGCGUUGUGGGAAGGUGAUUCGGGUUACGAACCCUGGGAUGCUGAUGUCGAUGGCGAACGCCAUCGACUGGUGAUGUCCCCAGGUGGGUUCAUUUUCGAAAACAGUGUUAUUGAGUACUGA